AUGGAUACAGUUUAUUAUAACAAUCCCAUUAGACAACGAAUAAACAAAAUCUUUGAUAGCCACAUCAUAACAGAUAACAGUGAAGCCCUAUAUACAGUUUCUGGAUUAUGUUCAUCUAACUCGGCGUAUACAAGGAGAGUUCUUGUAAACGAAAUAGAAAAGAGAGACUUACUGGUCAACAAAACAAUUUUAACUGAAUUCAGCAAAGUCAAAGAUAAAUUGCAAGGACUAAUUGAUUCACUAAAUUCUCUCGACGUUUCAGUUCAAGAUAUGUCCAAUAGGCUCCAGGAAUCAAAAACAAAAACCCAUCACAUCAUUGCUCAAACCACGAAACUCAAGGAUGAAAGAAUAAAAACCAAAAAGAAAUUACUUUGGGUUAAUACUUUUGUGGAUAAUUUUAAUUUAUCACCGGAUAAAUUGAAGAGUCUUUUUAAUGUUUCACCAUUAACGAAUAACUUUUUUUCAUCAUUGUCUGAUAUUGAAAAACUUAACAAUGAUUGCAGAACACUUGUCCGAUGUUGGUAUCAAACACCAGCAUUUGAUAUUAUGGAAACCAUAGGGCUCCAACAGGAGGCUGCGAUUGAAAAAUUAUAUCAUUGGACAAUUGGAGCUUGCCUUAUUGUUGAUUCUCCGAAUAAUGCUCUUGUCCCCAAAGCUUUGGCAAAAUUUGAAAAUAGACAAGUUCUUUUCAGCAACAUUAUAGAUGAGUACUGCAAUGCAAGAAAAGCAAUUGUUGUACAAUUGUUCAUAGACGCUUUGACUAAAGAAGAGGAAAACGGGUCUAAGCCUAUAGAAUUUUAUGCUAAUGAUGCUAAGCGGUACAUAGGUGAUAUAUUAGCUUGGGUCUACCAAAUAAUUCCACAGGAGAAAGAAAACCUAUGCACCCUUCUUAAACAUUGCACUAUGUCUGAUAAAGAGGACAAAAUAACAGAGGCUCUGACAAAUAUUAUGGAAGCUUUAUGUCCAUUAUUAAAUGUCAGAGCCGAUUUAAUACUUAAACCAGACAAAGAUCCAUUAAUACUAUGGUCUAUAACAAAUUUAAUACUGUAUUACGAAGAUAUUAUAAAAGCUAUUAUAAGUAAAGGACAUAUGGUAGAUACACUUAGUGAACUAUCAAGGAAAAGUGAAGAAGUAUUUAUUUUGACUUUAGAUAGUAAAAUACAAAAAGAAUUAAGCCAUGGUGUGAAAGCACCUCCGUCAGACUUAAAUCCAUCAGUUGUUGUCACUGAUUUGGUUAGCUUUUUAAGGGAAUUGAUGAAUGUAUCAAACACACACAAGACGGAUAAGAAAAUAAUUAUUACACAUAUCCUAGAUCCAUUGCUUCAUGCAAUAAAUGAAACAGCAUGCCACUUGAGCUCCUCCGAUAUGUCAGUUUAUAUGUUAAAUUGUAUUUAUCAUAUUCAAUGUACUUUAUCACUCUACACAAUUUUAGAUGAAUAUAAUGACAGACUUCAGGCUCAGUCCGAGGCACAAAUAGACACCCUAACUUCAGAACAGGCCAGUUAUCUUGUAGCCAAUUUGAACAUGGGCCCUAUUUAUACAAUGCUUCAAGAGAAAAUAGAUGGACCCCUAUCAGCCAUACCGGGCAUGGAUACAACAUCACUAAAAUCAUUUUUAAAUAAAUUCGACAUGUUUCUAGUUACACCACAUUUGUAUAUGCUACCACAGUUGAACCUACUUAUAAGUCAAACUCAUAAGUUAUUUGUUAAGAAACGAUCUUUUGAAGUUAUAUUAGCCAUAUAUGAACAACUUUAUCAGGCAGUAAAUGAACCAAGUAAUGGCUAUGUGGAUCCUCAGUUAAUAGUACGUAGGACGCCGGAGGAAGUGAAAAAACUGCUUAUGUAA